AUGAAGCAGCUCUCCGCGCUUUUGGCGCUUGUGCCACUCGUUGCCGGACAUGGCUUCGUGCAGAAUGCAACCAUCGGUGGGAAGGAGUAUGAUCCCUACCAAGAUCCUUAUAUGAACCCCAAACCCGGCCGCAUCUCCCGAGAAAUUCAAGGCAACGGGCCCGUCCAAGACGUCACGCUUCCCGACCUCGAAUGCGGCGGCUGGACUGCCGGCGGUAUCUCAGGCUCCAAGCCCGCCGCCCUCCACGCCCCCGCCCAAGCUGGCUCCAAGGUGAAUCUGAGGUGGACGCUGUGGCCUGAGUCACACCAGGGUCCAGUUAUCACAUACAUGGCAAGAUGUCCUGAUUCCGGCUGCCAGAACUACCAAACCAACGGCGCACCGGUAUGGUUUAAGGUCGCCGAAGAUGGACUCCACAGCACGGAUCCGGACUGGCUGAAGAAUGUCUGGGGAGACACUGUGCUGAUGACGGCGCCCAACAAGGGCAUCGACUACACGAUCCCGGAGUGUCUUGCGCCGGGUUACUAUCUUGUGAGGCAUGAGAUUAUCGCGCUGCAUGGUGCGUGGAAUGUUUCGGGGGCGCAGUUCUAUCCUGGAUGCCAUCAAUUGCAGGUUAGCGGAUCUGGGACAACGGUCGUCAAGGAGGGCCUGGUGAGCUUCCCGGGGGCUUACAAGGCGGAUGACCCAGGCAUUCUGUACUCUCAGUACAAUCAGCUGCCCUAUACGAUCCCUGGGCCGAAGGUGUUCAAGUGUUAG